CAUACAAACCAUCUCAUUCUUCUCUUCUCCUCCUCCUUUCUUCCAUUUUCCUCCAACAUCCUCCUCCUCAUCCUCCUCCUCCUCCUCUUCUUCCUCAUCGGCCUCUCGAUCGGGAACAUUUUGACACCCUAAACAGUUAAAAAAACGUAAAAAAAUACCGUAUUUUCUUGAUGGAGAAGAGUGAUAGAGAGACUCAUGACUUCAUGAACGUGGAAUCUUUCUCACAGCUUCCAUUUAUCCGCCCUGCACCCGUCAAAGAGAAGGGCAUUCGUCUCUUCGGCAUAGAAUUCGGCGGAAAUGACUCCGCCCCCGACGAGUCUGCUUCCGCCGAAACGAACGAAGACGCCGCUAAAGAAAGCGAAAACAACAACAACGGAGACAAUAACAACCGAAGAUUUGAGUGUCAUUAUUGCUGUAGAAACUUCCCUACUUCUCAAGCUUUAGGUGGCCAUCAAAACGCACAUAAAAGAGAGCGACAACACGCAAAACGCGCUCAUCUUCAGUCCACAAUGGUUCAUAAUAGCUACUCCGAUUCGCAUAUUUACGGUCUGAUGAACUACAGAAUAGGUUCAUCUCCUACAUCAGCCAUAACUUACCCUUCAUGGAAUAAUAAUAAUAGUAAUUCUAGAUUUUAUGGUAGCCAUAAUAAUGGAUCUUACAGCUCGCAGCAGCCUAUUAAUGGAAGUCCACUAGGAUUGUGGCGGAUCCCGUCCGUUCACAGUAGUACAGCUCUUCAUCGUGACCGUUCUUUGAAUCCCUUGCCGUUAUUUUCAGGCGAGGAAUUGAAGCCGUCACAGGUGGUGGGUGGUUCUAGCUCGCAGGGACGAUAUGUUUAUGAAGGAAAAUCAAGCGUACAAGACCAUGUGAGUUUAGAUCUUCAUUUGUAAUAAUUUUAUAUUAACAUUUAAUUAAUGAGAAAUUCUGAUUUUUCUUGA